CAACCACCAGGACGCUGCACCCUGCGCCAGCAUUCUGUGCCUUCGCUUCAUCGAGCUUUUUAUUUUUCGUUAGCCGAUUCGCCACUAUUUGAUGUCAGAAUUUAAUAUGAAAGAGUCCAAUUUUAAUAUUUGAGAAGGGCUUACUGUCCAUAAAAGUGGAAUCAGGAAACACUUUUGGUCUUCAAAAAAUCUUUUUUGUUAUAGACGUAGCGUUCAUUUUGGCUACGCUCAGAGAACCAGGAAUUUGCGUCGAAAGCGCCGACUCGGACGCCCAGAUCGCCGUGCCCGGCGCGCAGUCGCAGUGGCCUCUCGCUCUGGCUCCCGCCCCCGCUGAGUGGACGACGUGGAAGUUGCUGGCUGACCAGGCUUGGAGGAGUCGUCUUCGGAAUCGGAGUCUGGGAACAGCGGACGUGGCGGCGCCCAGGCUCAAUUAGGAGUCGCUGCCGAGUCCCGGCCUGUCAGUGAGGAUCGGCGAGGGCGCGGCGGCGGUCCAUCAUGGGUGGCUUUUUCUCAAGUAUAUUUUCCAGUCUCUUUGGAACCAGGGAAAUGAGGAUUUUAAUUUUGGGAUUAGAUGGUGCUGGAAAAACGACAAUUUUGUACAGAUUGCAGGUUGGAGAAGUUGUUACUACCAUUCCCACUAUUGGAUUUAACGUAGAGACAGUGACGUACAAAAAUCUCAAGUUCCAAGUUUGGGACUUAGGCGGACAGACAAGUAUCAGGCCAUACUGGAGAUGUUAUUAUUCAAACACAGAUGCAGUCAUCUAUGUCGUUGACAGUUGUGACCGAGACCGAAUUGGCAUUUCCAAGUCAGAGUUAGUUGCCAUGUUGGAGGAAGAAGAGCUGAGAAAAGCCAUUUUAGUGGUGUUUGCAAAUAAACAGGACAUGGAGCAGGCCAUGACGCCCUCAGAAAUGGCAAAUGCACUUGGGUUACCCGCCCUGAAGGACCGGAAGUGGCAGAUCUUUAAAACGUCAGCAACCAAAGGCACCGGCCUCGACGAGGCAAUGGAAUGGUUAGUUGAAACACUGAAAAGCAGACAGUGAGUCCAUUCACAUGAGCGCCUGUGAACCAAACGCUCCAUCACAUACUCACUGGAACCAGUCAGAUGUACUUCUCGUGACUGCUGGAAGGAACUGUGUGAUUCUAGCAUAUACAGAGCUGACUUCACUAUGUGUAAUAAAUAUAAAAAGCAAGUAUCUGGUGAGAGGGUUAGCUUGAUCGAAUCACCCAAAUGGUUUAUGUAAUGUAAAAUAUUUCUUCCUUGUUUUCUUGUGUUAAGGUAUAUAUUCUAUUUGUAUGGAAUUCUUACUCAGAUACAGUUCUAUUAAAGAAUGUACACUCUUGGGGGAACCGUCCUAUUUUUAAAUUAGUGGUUUCAUCUUGUUUGUAUAAACACUAAUAUUUAGCUCAGACUCUUUUCCCCUAAAAUGAAUUAAGGCGUUCCAAAGAUGAGUCUUAGCAAAGUAGAUUAGAAACUGAGCGUAUGGCCGUCAUUUGCUCAGCGGACUCACUUUACUGACUCACAUUAUCUUACAAUACUCAGAGUCAUCAGAAGCGUUUUCUGUACUGACCUGAACUUUGUGCAGGAACUCUGUAAGGAAGGUGGGGUUCUGCUAGGUUGUUUGCCAGCCCUACAGUGAGGUGUUAUAGGGUUCAGAGUCAGGCUUGUGGGUCAGGAACUGUCCUAAAUCAGACUGUCUCUGGAAAUGCCAACACUGGGAGCAUAGACAGACACCGCCGUGUGGUGGCAACACCUGUAAUCCUAGGACUCAGGAGACAGAGGCAAGAAGACCAAGAGUUCAGCUUUGUGGUGAGUCUGAGGCCAGCCCGGGCAGCUUGAGGCUAUGUCUCAAAACAAAACAGAAAACCAGCCAACCAACCAAAAGAUUCAUGUCCAAAUUGUUACGGAUAUUCAGAGUAGUGUUUGUAUGCACUCUUGUCUAUGCUAGUAAAACGAUACAGAACGGUCCCAAACGGCUGUUUGAUGAGUUCACAACACAAUACAGAAACUGCACAUGAAAAGAAAUAAAAAUCAGUUUUAAUAA